AUGGUAAGGUCCUACAAGCGUAAAACUUUGAGGGCUGAUAUUGAUGAAGCGGUUGUGACAAGAGCUUUAACAGAAAUUCUUAACGGUAGAAUGUCAAUACGCGCUGCAGCAGCGGAAUUUGGUUUAAAGAAGUCAAUGUUACACAAGCGGUUCAAAAAACAACAUGACGCAGGGGAUGAUUCUGACGAGACUGGAAUAACAACUGUCUUACCAUCUCCAAAAGUUAUUACUGAGAAAGGCAAGAAACAGGUAGGCCAGAUAGUUUCUUCUGAACGUGGACAGCUUGUAACUUUUACAGGAAUUAUAACAGCAACUGGAAAUGCAUUGCCACCCGUCUACGUGUUUCCUAGAGUCCAUGCAAAAGAUCACUUUGUGAACGGCGGACCUGUUGGAGCUGUUGGUUUAGCUCAUAAAAGUGGCUGGAUGACAGCCGAGUUAUUUAUGGAUGUACUUAAACAUAUUGUGCAUCAUGUAUUACCGACUAAGGAAAUUCCCGUUUUAUUGUUUAUAGAUAACCACAAAUCCCAUAUAUCACUGCCAGCGUUGUGCUUUUGUAAAGAAAAUGGGAUUGUGGUACUUUCAUUUCCGCCACAUUGUUCACAUAAACUUCAACCACUGGAUGUUGGAGUUUAUGGACCAUUUAAAGCAAUGCUAAAAUCGGCCUUCAACAACCACAUGGCUACUCAUCCUGGAAAGCAAAUAUCAAUAUACGUUAUUCCACUUUUGUCUAAACAACCAUUUUUGGCCAGCUUUGUUCCGAAAAACAUAAUAAAAGCAUUUGAAGCUUGUGGUUUGUGGCCGCUAAAUGAUCAUAUAUUUACUGAGGUAGACUUUCAGAGUUCAUACGUAACAGACAUAUCAGUUAUGCAUGAACUUGAUCAAAACAUCACAAGCGAAAAUAUCACAACGUUAGAGGAUUCUUCGGUUUCAAAUCAGUUUGAUAGUGAUAUUGCUGGUCCCAGUGGAAUUGUCACCCCUGAAGUUAUCAGACCGUUCCCAAAAGCUGCACCAAGGCAAAACAUCAACAGAAGAAAAGGCAAGUCAUGUAUAUAUACUAGUACACCAGAAAUUGAUGCUAUUAAGAGUAAAGAAAUAAAAAUUCCCAAGGAACAGAAAAAAAAUGUAAAACGGGUUAUUAUGGACAGUUCAUCGGAGCAGGAACAAACAGAGUCCUCAGAAGCUAGCUAG